AUGUACGAGUUUGAUGGUAUAAUAAAAAUCAGAAACGGUACUGGUGAAAGCAUCUUUACCGCACGGCCAAAUUUGCAAUACGGCAAAUUCUACGAUGCGCCGGAUAAAAAUAAGGAGAUUCUUCCUCGUGAUAUCGAAGGUCUAGAAAUCAAAGACAACGAACAUCUUCUUAUUCACAUCUGCGGUCGUGAUCAACAGUUUGCCGGCACAACAGGUACGAUUGAUCUCGAUGAUAUUGACGACCAAUACGUCGCCACCCUCUACUGGGAUGUCCCCUUCGCUUCGAGCACAAACACUUUCUCGGUGUCGGGGCCCGGUAGACACUCUAUGUAUAUCGUGACGGCCGAUGGAUAUAACAGAAUUGGUACCGGACUGGGAACUGCGGACGUCGAAGUCACCAAGAAGCCAACUACUCGUGGUUGA